CGGUUCCCCUCUGCCCGGCCUGCCCCUCCUCGUGGGGUUGCCGUGGUUAGCGGCUCGGCUCCCUUCGGGCUUCACCCGGCGUGGUCGUGCUCUGGCCGGGUGGCCCUGAAGGCAGAUGUUCGCUGCAGGGCUUGAUGCCUUGACGCUGAAUGCCUUGAGACUACACUGCAGGGCUCUCUUAGCUAGAACAGAGGAUUGUCCCUGUUUCGUCGUGGUGGUCUUUGAAUGAAAUACCCGAUGUGUAUUCGGAAUAAAUGUGACCUGCUAGCCUUAUGGCUUCCAGCUCCCCUCAGCCCAUACAAACUUGUACGUCAGUGCCUCGCUGGUAGCUGGAGUAAAUAUUUGAUGUGUUGUGUCAUACAUGUUCAUGGUAGUUUGUACUGGGAGAUAAGCUGAGGUCAUAAAAAUACUGUGCCAGCAGUUGCAGUCUCCCAGAUGCUGAAGGAAGGUUUUGGAGAUCACAUUCACUGGAGAACACUAGAAGAUGGGAAGAAAGAGGCAGCAGCCAGUGGUUUGCCUCUUAUGAUUAUCAUCCACAAAUCUUGGUGUGGAGCUUGCAAAGCUUUGAAGCCAAAGUUUGCUGAAUCUAAGGAGAUCUCUGAACUUGCUCAUAAUUUUGUAAUGGUCAACCUUGAGGAUGAUGAAGAGCCAAAGGAUGAAGCCUUUAGUCCUGAUGGAGGUUACAUUCCCAGAAUCCUUUUCAUGGAUCCCAGUGGAAAAGUCCACCCAGAAAUCAUAAAUGAGAAAGGAAACCCCAGCUACAAGUAUUUCUAUACCAAUGCUGAUCAAGUUAUCCAAGGGAUGAAGGAGGCCCAGGAGAAGCUAACAGGUGAUGCUUUCAAACAAAAACACCUGGGAGAUGAACUAUAAUGAAAACACUCAGUUAUGCUUUUCCAUCAUUUCAGUACUCUCAAAGGAAACAGUUAAACAGACCAAGAAUGUAGAUGCACUGGAGGGACAUAAUUCUCCUAUCAAUAAUGUUAGGUUAAACCCUGUUUGGAGUUCACACACAUGCAUCAGUUACAGUGUUAUCUCCUCUGCCUGGCAGUGUGUACUAUAAUGGUUAUUUGCAACUAGGUAAUGUGCAAACACAUCAACUAGUGUGUUUGAACUAAUGUUUGAUAUUAAAAGGGAGGUUUGUAGGACAGAACAUUCAUUUGAAGACAAACAGCAUAUUUGGGAUAAUUGCAAGUAGCCAGCAUUUUGACACUUAAUCAGGGCUGGAUCUCUUUUCUCACUGGCAUUAUGCGAUCCCAUUGUUUUUACUGGGGGUUCCUAUGAAUGGGGCAUGUUCCUGGGCCAGGUGUUUUCUAGACCUCCCAAACCAUGAAUUCUGCCACUAAGCCAAGUAGAGUAAAUUUCAUCAAUGUUCAAGUAGCAUGUGAAGUCAUGAGCUCUGCAAACAUACUUUUAUGUAAAAUUCUGUGUGAUUCAUCUUUAUUUGCCUCUGGGCAGAAACUGAACUUCUUUCUUGUGCACUCACCUUUUGAUUGUUUCAUCAAGUGAAGGUGGGUUAUGUUGAAGCAUUAUGGGGAAUUCCCUUUUAUUCUUUGAAUGUUUUCUGGUGAAUGCCUUGCCAUCACAUUGUACUGUAUUUUUGUACCAGGGUGAAAAAUUAAAACUUUUUAAACAUAA